AGCGGGUAACACACACAUAAAGCGAGCUUUUAAAGUUUCGGAGAACUUUGAAGUUUCGAAAAAUAGAAAUUUGUAAUCAUUUUUUUAUUAAUUCGAUCGGGUUUCGAAUCAGUUUGAAAUGAUGAAAAGGUAAAGUUUAACGAGAAAAAAAUGUAAAAACUUUAAAAAAAACGUUUGUGAUGGAUUUUUAUAAAGUGGACUUUAAAAAGUAAAGGAUUUUUUAAAAUUUUGAGUUUGAAAAAGACAUUCUUAGUUGUAUAUAUUUUCAAAAGUGGAGUGUUAUUUUUAAUUUUAUCAAAAGUGUUAUUUCAAAUUUCGUCUCGAUUUUUCUUGUCAACAUUUUCCUUAAAUCAACCCCUCUAUAAAGAUGAACAAUAAUGAAACUUUAGAAAGUACAGUUCAUGUAACAGCCCCAAGCAUAUUAAAUAAACCAUCGCAAACGAUGCCUCAACGUUCGCCGUUUGCGAUACAAGAACUGUUGGGUUUGGGCGAUAGUCAACAUCAUCGUUCACCGACGGCCGGCGUUUCAGCGAUAACACCUAAUGUCGCCGUUUAUAAUAAUCCCCAAAGACACGUGCCGACGUGUUUCCCGUCGGAACAUACCUUCAAUCAUCAUCAUAUGACGAUGGCCGCAAGUAGGAUGGCCUAUUUUAAUGCACACGCGGCCGUCGCAGCAGCUUUUUUACCUCAUAAUAUUGCUGCAGCAGCCGGAAUGAAUGCUGCAGCAGCUGCUAAUCAAGGAGCUGCUUCUCCGGCGGCCGCUGUUUUUGGGUUUAGUGGACAUCAAACACCAACAACAGGAUUCUCUCAACUGAAGACAUUCGGAACCACAACGCCAGGAUCCUGUCUAACGGGUCAGUUAGAAAAUGGAAAAGAUUUUCAACUUUCGGAUGAAAUGGGUGGUGGAUUUGGAAAAAAGAAGAAAAAGAAAAGGCGACAUAGCAGGACGAUUUUCACCAGCUACCAGUUGGAGGAACUCGAGAAGGCCUUCAAAGACGCCCACUACCCAGAUGUUUACGCAAGAGAAAUGCUCAGCCUCAAAACAGAUCUUCCCGAAGACAGGAUACAGGUUUGGUUUCAAAAUCGAAGGGCGAAAUGGAGAAAAACAGAAAAAUGUUGGGGAAGAAGCACGAUUAUGGCUGAAUAUGGACUUUAUGGGGCGAUGGUUAGGCAUUCGCUACCUUUACCCGAGACGAUCCUGAAAAGUGCCAAGGAGAACGAGUGUGUGGCACCGUGGCUCUUAGGAAUGCAUCGAAAAUCGUUAGAAGCAGCCGAACAAUUAAAAGACGAUAAUUGUAACAGUAACAGCGACCAUGAAGAAUCAACGACGUCGAUGCGAACGGAAAAUAGCGACGCAAGUUCGGUUAAUUCAACGUCAAAAACGUCGGUUCAACAACAGCAGCAACAGUCUUCCGCGACGCCGACCACAUUCGAAAAAGACCUUCAAAUCCACCAACAACAACAAUCUUCGAAUCAACAGAACUCAUCGAAUCAACAACAACAAAGCGCUAAUAAUCAGACUCCUUAUCAAGACGAUCCGGAAGCGUUCCGGAACAAUUCGAUAGCUUGUUUAAGGGCGAAAGCUCAGGAACACAACGCAAAGUUACUUCAUCAUGGGAUCAUGUUGCAUGUGAGGCCCGGAAGUGACGCAAACGCGAAUAAUCUUCACCACCAGGAGAUGGUGAAGUCGGAGAAUAUGUUUUGAUAAAUGAGUUUUUUUUUGUUUUUAUUCUUUUUGGGAUUUUUAAUUUUUUUUUGUAUGUUGUAAAAUUGUAAAGGGUGAAAGUGGAAUCUUAAAGAAAAUGGACACUUAUAAGUACGUGUGAUUUAACAAGUAAUAAUAUAUUUACUACUUAAUUAAUUACUACUACUGAUAUUUCCUACUUAAAAUGAUAUAAAUAGUUCUUAAUUGGUAGAGUGCUGAUUUUUUUCUUCUUUUUUGUAUGAUAAAUUGAAAUUAAAGCUAAGUUAACGAAAAAAUGCUAAAAAACCAAACGUGAAUUGAAAAAUCGAGAUUUUUUUUUAAUUCGAAUAAAUUAACAAAGGAAUUGUAAAUGGCUAUCAACAUGAAGAUUUUGUUCUUGAAACGCUCAAGUUUUAUGUGUAAUAGUGAGAUAAUGACGUCAUAUUCCUUUCUUAUCUUAUCGUGACUUUUACCAGAACAUUCCAAGAAGUAUUUAUUUCUGUAUUGAAUGCUCGAUCACGUUACAAAAUUCUUUUAGAAACCUAUUUUUUUAAACCGUUUUGAUUAACAGUUAUAAAUUAAACGUAAUCGAAAAAUAAAA